AUGAUAGCAAGGAUGGAGGGACCAACGGGCGCAAACCAGACGAACGGGACCGAUACAACCAGAACAAUGAGUAAUCCCUAUGAAACAAACCCAGACCGAAUCCCCCACGACGACCCUUUCCUCGCACAGAGUGCGCAAUAUGGCCGAUACAGCCCACAUCCCGAUGACUUCGCCCCUCCCGACAAGCACUGGUACCAGUCUGACCCUGAAGCAAAUGCGUAUUGGCAGAAAGUCGCGCAAAGGUUUUGCACCUCGGAGAAGUCACUGAAUGUACCAGGGUCGAGGGAGGCAUUCGCUGCAGGCAGUGUAAUCCUCCGGGUAGACCGCGGGUCUGCCGAGGGCGCAGCUGCCGAGCGAUACUCGUGCGCGAACGCGAACGAAUUAUCUGCAGCGCGCAAAGUCGAGGAGUCGUUGAGGGAGAUUGGAGUUGCGGUGCCGGUGAUAUACUUCUGUGGAACGAUCGAAGGCAGGAAUGUGACGGUCGAAUCUCGAAUUCCAGGUGUUUCACUGGAGGUUGCAUGGCGAUAUCUCAGCUCGGAACAGAUUGAGGUCGUGAAGAAUCAAUGUCGCCAAAUCGUGCAGCACCUAACGACGAUCGACCCUUCCCCCGAAGAACCUUCCUACGUAUGCCGCGGUCUCAAUUCACAAACGCCGUUAUCGACGGAGGAGCAGGAGCGCGAUAUACUUUUCGCGGCGCUGGCUUCGAAGGGAGAAGAGCUCAGCCUCACGCAUAAUGAUCUCGUUCCGGCCAAUAUUAUCGUGAAAGAUGACCGCAUUGUUGGUAUUUCUGGCUGGCGACACAGCGGGUACUUUGGCCUUGAUCGGGCCAAGAAGGUACACCGGCAGUUCAGGAAUUUGGAACCGCGCGAGAAGACCAAGGAUGGGAACACGACAUGGAUUGAUCUAUAUAACGACGCCUAUAACCCAAGCAAAGGCUUCCCUUUGGUCCCCACGCGAGAGACUGUGCUUCCAUUUGUGAAAACAGAGCCUACUAGUUCAACUCUGGACAAGUUCCCUGCCAGCGAUGAUCUAGAAACAAAGUCAACGGCCGUGGAUGGGGCAGGCGACUACCUGACCUCAAAGAAGCUCGCUGAACUCAAGACCGGUAUUACCUCGCGUGCUUCUUCGACCGACCGGUCAUCUCCCGCAACGUCAGUCAAGCCAACUUCAAACAAGAAACCAGCGUCAGCGGCUACGAAAAAGGGCACUGCAAAGAAGCCAGCCGCAAAGAAGCGCAAAGUAAAUGAUGCAGAUGCUGACAGCAUCGACGGGCGCCGAUCAAACACCCCGGCGUCUCGUACUAGUAAGGGCCCUGGGAAGAAACAGGGUUCCGUGUCUAUUGCCGGAUCCCCUGCGCCUGACGACAAGAAGAGACGGGGCAAGGAGCAGCUGGCAGACGAAGACGACGAGGACGUCGAAGAUGAAAAUGAACUGUUCUGCAUCUGCCGGCGACCGGACAAUCACACAUGGAUGAUUGGGUGUGACGGGGAAUGCGAAGACUGGUUCCAUGGAAAGUGUGUUAAUAUCGAUCCACGAGAUGCGGACUUGAUCGAUAAGUAUAUAUGCCCAAACUGCAGUAAACGCGAUAACGGCUUUACAACAUGGAAACCAAUGUGCCGCCUCCUCGAGUGCCGCAAACCGGCUCGCGUCAAUCGCAAGAACCCAAGCAAAUAUUGCUCCGAUGAGCACGGUAGAGAAUUCAUGCUCCGACAAACCCGCCAGCUCAAGCUCGGACCUGCUCGAAAGGGCACCGAAGACCUGGGCAGUAUGGGUGGUAUCCUCACCCCGAAAGAUCUCAAAGCCGCGAUCUUGGGGGCAACCUCGGUGCAAGAGUUCCGUAAAUUGGGCAACCAGAUAAUUUCCACGCCCCCUGAAAGCAUCUGCGGUAGUUCAGCAUCCGACGUCAAGAAUGAGACGAAAGCAUCGGACGCUGAUAAGCUGUUUGAUGUCAAUGCUAGUGGCGUUGAAUACUCAGCCGAUGAGGCAGCGAAGAUUGAGAAACUUCGCCAACGACGUGAUGACCUACUCCACCGAAAGGAGAUGCUCGCAGCUCGUUCGACAUUCGUCGGGCUCGUGCGCCAGCGAUCCAAAGCUGCCGUGGAGAAACUCAAGCAGAAUGAGCCAAAGGGUGGAUGGAAAGAUAUAUGUGGUUUCGAUUCGCGGCUUGCAUGGGCUGACGAGGAAUUCGACGAGUGGCGACUCUCCGGGGCUGGCAUGAAGGCGCUCGAGGAGGGUACCCCCGAAGCCAUGGCAGCCAGCUAUCCUACCACGACGGAUGCCGACGGUGACAUUGCGAUGGACAGCGAUGAAAAAGAAGAUGCGAUGCUUCUCCUCACUCGUGGUAUCUGUAUCAAGAAACGCUGUGAGAGACACAAGCAGUGGGUGAAGGUGCAGCAGCAGGAUAUUGUUUUCGAAGAGAACGCCGCGGAGCAGGACCUGAGACAGUGCGAGCAAGAAGCCCGUUCCGUGGCAGAGCGUGCUGUACUCAGAAAAUGGGCUGAAAAGGAGAAUAUUCCCUCCGUGGCCUGA